GGCGCAGCCCUGGAGGCCAUCAAAUAUUACGGGUAACCCAGACUUAACUUUUACAUCUUCGUUUAGGGUCUAGCAAGUCAUUUGUUGACAAACAAUCAAAGAUGACUACCGCGCAUAGACCUACCUUCGAUCCCGCGCGUGGAAAGGAAGCUCUUCGAGGGCCAGCCUAUCACCAACGCCUCCUUCCCGCCCACACCAAGCUAAAGUUCAGACAACCCGGCCAAGGAGGAGAUGCCGACGAACCUCGCGACCUACGAGCCGAGCUUCUCGCCGCUGAGGCUGCCCACUUCGCUAAGCAGGGCAAGUUGGCCGAUAUUCCUGACGUCGAUAACUCUGAAUCCACCACCAACCCCGGCACAAAGCGACCCUUACCAAUAGCGUCGCAAGCAGACGAUGAUGAGGGAGGUGAAGAUCCAGAGGCGAAACGCCAGCGUGUAUUAGCGGAGACCCGAGACAUAGAUGAAGAGUCGGAAGUUGAUGAUAGUGACGAGGAUAGUGAUGAGGAAGACGAAGAAGCCGAGCUACUACGUGAACUCGAGAGAGUCAGACAAGAACGAGCCCAGAAGCGCGAAGAAGAAGAACGCGCCAAGGCUGCGGCCGAAGCAGAGGAACGAGAACGAGAGAUUGCGCUGGGUAAUCCGUUAAUGAAUCCCACAAGCUUCAACACCAAACGAAGAUGGGAUGACGACGUGGUGUUCAAGAAUCAAGCACGAGGAACGGAAGACAAGAACAAGAAAAAGGAAUUCAUCAACGAUAUGCUACGAUCAGACUUCCACAAACGGUUUAUGAACAAGUACGUGCGAUGAGGUGUAUAUAACAGAAUGAUGCUAGCCUGCCGAGAAAUAAUACCCCGAAUGUGCACUCGGACUGCCGACGUCUUCGUCAAGUGUUUCACGGACUAGUUAUGGUGAUAGGAAACAGACAAGAGAAGACUCCAGGGAUUAAAAGAAGGAACCUCUACCUUUUUUCUAUUUGUCAGGUUGUGAGACUACUGAUGCCAUUCUUAAAGUCACACAUAUAUACGCUAAUGAUAGCUCAUUGGUUACUUCGUAUAGGAGUUCGGAUAGGCCGGUGGUCUCUGUAUGGGCUUGCCUAAUGAAAUCCAUUACA